AAUGAAUAUACUUCAAGUUCAAUUGAAGAUAAUAGAAGAUUUUUACUAUGCUACUUUAUUUGUAAUAGUUGAAAGAAUUAUAUUUUUACUAAGUUCAACAGAAGAUAAAAUGUGUAAAACUUUACUCAUUCUUAUACUAUUGGUACUAAUAACCAUUAGUCAUUUCACAUUUGCUACGGAAAAUUUAAACUCAACAGAAAUAGAUGAAAAAAUUGAUAGAAACUUGAAUUUAUUGGAAAGAGGAGUUCAACAUCUAUUUAAUGGUACAACUAAAUUUUUGGUAUUUAUACAUAGAAAAAUAAUCACUGAUUAUUAUGAAAGACUGGGUUUGGUUCCGUCAAAUCAGUCUGAUGGUCUAACAUGGUCAGCAAUUGUUGAUUAUCUCAUUGGCUUUGUUUGCUUGGCUGGAUUUUGCAUUUUUCUAACUAUUAUAGUUCCCGUAAUUUCUAUCAUUGUAUGCUGUUGUAGAAUGAGCGGUAGGUGCGGUAGAGAUAAUAACCCUCGAGAAAGAUCCAGAGACAAGUCAAAAAGAAUUUGUUGUACCAGUUUCCUAUUUGUGCUGGUCAGUAUUGCAGUCAUAUCUUUGGUCUUGGCUUUUACAUCCAAUAGUAUACUAUCGACACAUUUAUCACCAGCCAAAUCUGGUGGUCUACUUUCACAUUCUGUGUCUAGCGUUGAAAAAAUGGCAACAUAUAGAGACGGUGUCAUUGUCGAUUUAUUAAAACUAAAAGAUAUGGCAAUCAAUACAUCUAGCGUUGUUCUGGAAGCACUCGAGAAUAUUCCAGUAGCAUCUGUUGAAUUCUACAAUGAAAAAACUGAAAGUGAAAAUUUUCUAAACCAAUCACUUCUAUUAAAGACUAUAAGUAAUAAUCUUUGGAAGAAAAUUGACAUUGUCGAAGCCAAUUGUUUAUCUUUUCUAAGAAUUAGUAAUCAUAUUAAUCAAGAAUUUGACAGAAUUAGACCGGAUCUGAGGGAACAGUUGAAAAAUAUUUCAAAACUAGAGCUGCUGGACGAGUUACAACUUAGAGUAGAUGAAACACUAAGGAAAUAUUCGAAUAAUAUUUCGAGUUAUAUUGAUAAGAAUGAUAUAAGGAUUGAAUUUGAUUCGGCCUUGGAGAGAGCCCAAGAAUUUUUGCUGGAACAACAAGAAGUUGUUAGACGAUCUAUCUAUUCGACUAUCGAAACGAUCAUUAAUGAGACAAAGUCUGGUCAAGCGAAGAUAGAUUCCAUAGAUGCUAUUAUUAGUCGUCUGCAAAAAUUACCUUUGAAUAGAACUAUUGUUGCUCUUUCCACACCUCCUUGGACUGAAUCGUUUCAAAAUUAUGAAUAUCUUAGAUUGGGAACUUAUAUCGGAAUAUGCUUAUUACUUCUAACAGUCUAUGCUAUAUUCGUAAUUGCUACUAUUCUCGCUUGGGUAAGAGGUCCCGGUGAGGUCGGAGAAAAACAAAGUUGCGAUGCCGAAGCGGCCAGUUCAUGUUUGGUCUUGGCUGUUGGCUUGGGUAUCGUGCUAUUUAGCACGUUCAUGAUAGUUAUAACGGCCAUAUUCUUAUUCGGAGGUGUAGCCUACACAGAAGUAUGUAGGUUUACACAACCAUCAUUAGCUGAUAUUGAAGGAACACCUUUAGGAAGAGUGUUAGACGCAACAGUCAACGCUAGAUUUUUAAAUGGUACUUCAUUCAGUAAUACUUCUAUAAUUGAAGCAAUAAAGUAUUGUAAAAAUAAUUCUGGUAUAUAUACGGCUAUGCAGUUGGAAUCACAAUUCCAUUUGGAACAAUAUUUAAAUGUAAAGAAUCGUGUAGAUAUGGCAGCAAAAAUAUUCGACAAGAUUGAAAAUGCUACUUCUCCCAUUAUUGAAAAUUAUAAAACUUUACCUUUAGAACUUGAUAAUAUUAUAAAGGAUCUAGGAAAUGGAGAUUUCCUACAAACAAACCUACAAUUAAAUGGUUACGAAGAGAUAAAAAUUAAAUUGGAUCAGGACCAAAUAGCUUUAAAGAAAAUCUAUGGCGUAUUAAAUCCAGAUGGUCAAGUAACUGACACAUUAAAAAAGUUACAUAGAAGGCAAUUUCCACAGUUGAUAAAUGGUUUGAACGAUAUUUAUAAUAAUAUAAGCUCCUUAAAGGAAGAUUUUCUAAAUGUGACAAAACUUUCGCAAGAAUUAUACAAGAAUCUAGCGCUGAAAAAAGCAUAUAUUCAAAAGGACUAUAAAAUGGAAAUCGGUAGCUUUACAAUGAAUAAGAUGGUUGCUAUCUAUAAAUACUAUAAGAUCUAUUUAGAUCCAAUGAAGAAUUUUAUAUUUAAAGAUAUGGGGAAAUGCAAGCUGCUGUACACGUCGUUAGAUCAAUUUGUAAACUUUGCUUGUACAAAUACUAUUCACGCGUUUAACGCUUAUUGGGCAGCUGUUGGAGUUGUUCUACUGCUCUUGCUUCCCAGUUUCGGUGCUGCAGCCUCGUUGGUAGUAUUAUUUAGGAGAACUGGUAAAAGAGGUUCUUUACACGACUAUAAAAAUUUAAAAAAUGAUACAUAUCGAUGGGGGGAUAUAGCCAAGGCACUCGGCUCAGAACAUAAAUAUUACCAGGAGAAUUCUACUCCUCCAAAAGUUCCUCUUAUACAGAAAGACAAUUUAAAGACAACCAUUUGCUAG